AUGCCUCCCGAUGACCCAUUCGCUUUUUUGGCUGAGCAGCCCCAGUCGAAGCCUCAACAUAUCAAGCCCGCCAAAUCCGUGAAGGAGAAGAAAUCACUGUGGAAAGAGAAGUUCUUCAACAAAGACAAGACCAGUCGCUCCACCCCCGACAGACAGAUUCAGGACUUCCUUGCGACCGCAACAGCUCAAAAAGCCGACCCCAGAGAUGCCGCUCCAACCGUGUCCACACAGCGUAUUCCUUCAUCGCAGGACGUUGCGAAUGUCCCUGCCCCUGCUCCUGCCCCUGCUCCUGCCCCUGUCUCUGCCCCGCAGCGCACCUUACCAACGAUCCCGCCUUCGAACGAGAACUACUCCGCCUUCAACUUUGCCGACAACAAUGUCCAAGUCAAGCGGGCACCGACAAUUCUCAAGCCCCGCAAAGGCAAAGGACUGCGGGUCGGCUUUUCAGAUCGUGCACCUGAGACGAUCGGAGAAGGAGGCGACGAGUCGGAGGUCCCCACGGUCGAGAUCUCGCGAUCCCUGCAGCGCAUGCGCGAGAGACAGGCCGCGCAAUCCUCGCAACCACGCCGACUGCCCUCGAUGCGUUCCCCGAACCCAUCUCGGGAGCACCUACCGACACUCCGAGUCAACACCUCGCUGGCCGAUGCGCGCAACAGCCCCCCGCUUGUCCAAGACCCGCACGAAGCGGAAUUCCUCAGCACCUUACACAUCGACAAACCCGGUUCUCGUUUAUCUUUUCGAGGGUCCCCCGACUCGCAUUCGUUUGCGGAGAGGGUGCGCAAUCAGAUGCAGGUGGAGGAAGCCCGUGCGUUACACAAUCGCUACGAAGAUGUCGCAUCUCCGACAGAUGACGAGGACAGUAUCUCCAGCCCUGAGCCCCUGCCAUCGCAUAGCCCUCGCAGUCCCCGAAGUCUUCAAGACUCGGUCUACGAGACACCUGCUUCACAACAUGCACCUUCGGUCACAUCGAUCGUGCAAUCGAUUCGCAACCCCCCAAGCCCGGCCGUACAUCGCGCUCCAGUUAAUGCUAAUCUGAGUCCCGUCGACCCCCGCAUGCCCCCCAGCCUUACACCAGGAAGCCCGGCCAAGACAUCAGCAGGUCCGCCGGUUCCUACUCAUGAGCCUCGAACAAGAAAUCAGCUGGCUUCUCCGGCGAGCCAGAUCAGCCAGAUCAGCCAAAUCAGUCAGACCAGCCAAGCCAGUCGUGAAUCUCCAUCCCUGAGCCAGCUCGCGCCUCUGUCCACCCAAACGAGUCGAGAGCCAUCCAGAAGCCCCCAGCCGCCCAAGUUUUCAUUGCGAAACAUUGCCAAUCAAGUUGGAGAUACCGCGUUUGCUGAAUUUAAAGAGUAUAUCGCUCGAUACGACAGUAUUCUUCACAUGUCUGCAGAAAGUGUUAAGCCAUUGAUUGAAACCGCUCUGACGGAAUGGAUUCGAGCCGCUGUAUGGUGGUUCCUUAGGGGCAAGACGCGUUUGGAAGGGUUUGCUCGCUCUCGGUCAACAGCACCUCCCGCCUACGCCAAGCAGGCUGUUAUUGAUCUUGGAAAAGCCCUGUGGAUCAACGAGAAUAUCGUACCCACACACUACGAAGUGGCGAAGUAUGGAUCCAUGAGUGUGGAUGCUGUGCUAGCAGUUGUCAAUACGACCGGCGAUAAGGAGAUGGUGGACCUUCUCAGUCUGCAUCAGGUCACUAUGAACCACCUCCGCUCACUCUCGAUGUCUAUCAAGCGAAAUGAUAUUCUCUCUAUUGUUCUCCGCGACGAGAACUCUCCCAGCCAGCUUGACACCAGUGUCUGGCUCCGAUACCCCUUCUUUGCACCUGAUGUCUCUGCGGUGUUGUCUGGCAGUGCGACAAGAUCGAUGUUGGCUGGCAAGCCUUCGAAAUCACCGAACAUGGUGUCCAUGAUGCCUCUUGGCGACACCGGUCGGAACUUCAGCUACGGAACCAUGUUCGUGCAGGCGUGUGUGAGUUCGGGUGACGACGAAGGCGAACAGUACGCCAUGCCGUGUGCAUUGACAAUUAUCCGAGAGCGGUCUGACUGGUACGUUCAUGCGGCGAUUAGCAGUCAAAGUCAGCUCGUGAAUGUCCUUAUUCAGUCCGAUCGCAAACAAGGACCCACGUGGGAGGACGUGGACUGGGGAAUCCGGUCGAAUUCCAUGCGAGUCAAGUUGCCUCGUGGAUUUGAAUUGGAUGUCAUGUUCAAGGAAGAGGACUUCAAGACUCUGUGGAAUAUUGUUAAGUACACCCAAAAGUCCGAAGCCAGUCUCGAGCCUGAAGCUGGUGAGACUGUGGUCUUUGAGAACACUUUAAAAGUCUUCCAAUACAUGGACCCGGGGACGCCGAAGGCAUUCCCUGCCGAAGCUUUGGAACGUUGUCGUAUUCGUUUGUUCGAGCGAACAGUGAGCAUCACUGAAGGUACUGGCACUCGGAAUGCCCAUCGUGGGUUCCGCUUGACCGUACUGACGAGUCCCAAGGUGAAGACUCUCAGUAACGUCCGCCACAUCCUGGGCUACGGUACGCCUAUUGUGUUCGGUCUUUUGCGGGGAGAGAACGGUGCUCCAGCUCUUCUCCUGAAAGUCACCGAGGACGGUCGUACACGGUCGAUGUUGAUGACAUUCCAUGAAGUGGACGAGCGCACACAGAUGCACUCUGUGCUUCUCGGGAUGCUGCCACGGGAGGGGGAGACCAAGACCCCCGAGAUUUCUCUCCGGUCGUAUGCCAUCGAGCAGCCCGGCGAUUCUGGCAGCGGCCGGACAGCAACCACGCAGUUGCAGUUCCCCGCCGGAAACGUGUCCGUCAUUGACCAGGAACAUGCCUAUGUGGAACAUGGCUACGGUCCGACCAUCUUGUCUGAAAGCUUGAGAGCUUUCAUUGCUACUGAGUGGGGGUCUGUUACAGAUCGUAUCAAUUUAGGGCCCGGAGAACUCAAAAUCGCAUUGGACGUCAAUAAGAAGACCGGCAUGAGCUUGUUCCGUUCAGCACAGCAGGAUCUGACCGUUUCACUGGCGGACAACCUUGUCCCGUCGGAGAUGCCCGAGCAGGUCACCGGGUUUUUGCAGAAGAUCACUGCCAAAGCGAUGGUUCGCCGGUUAGACUUCGCGUCGAUGGAGCAUCUCCAUGCGUUCGAACAGGCUGUCACAGGCUUCCAAGUUAUCUACGAUGGAAUCGCCUCUUCAUUUACAAUCUCUCGCCGCCGCAUGGUCGUGCCCAUCUACAAGAAGUGGGAAGCCAGUCUGGCCCGCAUCCAGAUCGUGCGUCAAGAAAAGGUCACACAAAUACUCGUCUUCUUCGCAGACUUCCACCAUGGCACUUGCAUGAACUUUGUACUCAAGGGGACCGACCAUAUUGAGUCCUUUAACCGAUCUGGCAAAUUUGGUCUUCGCAUUGUUGAUGCCAAGUUUGCCCUUCCGAAGAAGGACGAUGACCCAUCGUCCGACUUUGUGUGUCUGGACAUGCCCGAGUACCCGAUUGAGCAUGAUGACAUUGCUAUCGCCUUCGAUACGGAAACCGACCGUUCAAGCUUCAAGGUGGCCUUGCCUGGAUCCGUGCGAGAACCAUCCAGAAUGGGAUCUCUACGCCGAUAA